AUGGCGAGUUUGGAGCGGCUGGGUCGGAUUGCGGCAGGCGGGGCCAUUCUAUCGUUUGGCAGUGCCUUUGUGGUUUACGACCUCGUGCGGACGAGCAUCAUGAACAGCAGCUAUGUUAAGGAGGCUUUACAACUUGUCGAGGCCAGCGAGGAUGCUCGAUUAGCUUUCGGUGGCGUCAUCCGUCCGCAACCCGUGCACCUUUUCGGCUCGCAAACUCGUGUCCUCAAUGACGGCGCACGGGUGUCGGUGCCCAUUCUGGGCAAAGGAGAUGAAGAUGGACAUGUACACAUUGAGGCCACCCGCCUGCCCGACGGCAACACCUGGCAACUCGAUCGUUGCAUCCUGAAUGUGGAAUGGCCUGAAGAGAAGCAGUUUGUCUUGAAGUAA